CCAGCAUCAGCACCAUGAGUUGGGCCACUGUCCUGAUCAUCGCUGGGCUCUGCGGAGCCUCCCUGGGCCAGUACAAUGAAGAAGAAGACAUGGCUUGGUUACAGUACUACAUGCGGCAGUCCCGUAUGUCUUCCUAUAACUACAUGCCCUACUACGAGGAUGAGAACACACCUUACGUGUACUCUUACCUCCCAGCUCCAGACAUGGAGGCAGAGCCUGGCCCUGAACCUCAGCAAGCCCCUUCUUGGCAAUGUCCCCAAGAAUGUGAUUGCCCCCCUAACUUCUCAUCAGCCAUGUACUGUGACACCCGGAACCUGAGGUACCUGCCCUUCGUGCCCUCCCGGAUGAAAUACGUCUACUUCCAGAACAACCAGAUCACCGCCAUCCAAGAGGGGGCUUUUGACAAUGCCACGGAUCUGGAAUGGCUCGCACUGCACAACAACCAGAUCACCAGUGAGAAGAUGGGCAAGAGGGUCUUUGCCAAGCUCAAAAGCCUGGAGAGGUUGUACAUGAACAACAACAACCUAACCAAGAUGCCCAGUCCCUUGCCCCGGUCCCUGAGAGAGCUCCACUUGUCUUACAAUCAGAUCUCCAAGGUCCCCUCCAAUGCUCUGGAGGGUCUGGAGAACCUCACAGCCCUGUACCUCAGCCACAACUACAUUUUUGAGAUGGGAGCAUCCCUCAAAGGGCUCAAGUCCUUGAUCCUUGCUGAUCUGAGCUACAACCACCUCAGGAAAGUCCCUGAUGGGCUCCCAAUGGCUUUGGAACAGCUUUACCUAGAGUACAACUACAUCAACACGAUCCCUGAUGACUAUUUCAAGGUCUCUCCCAAGCUGCUCUAUGUCCGGAUGUCCCACAACAGCCUGACAAACCAAGGGCUCUCUACCAACACUUUCAACAGCAGCAGCAUCCUCGAGCUGGACCUCUCUUACAACAGGCUCCAGAAGAUCCCCCGGGUCAGCACCAACCUCGAGAACCUCUACCUUCAAGGGAACCAAAUCAACGGUGAGCACAAACGCGUCAACCAGAGCACAGUGGUGUGGGGGACGGUGGUGCGAGAGAGGG